AUGAUUGAUACCGUCAUAUCGGCCGAAAUUCCAGAUCAAACCAUCGACCCAGGAUUAUUCGAAGUUGUCACGAAAAAUAUGAUUCACGGUCCCUGUGGUGAUAUUAAUAAUCACGAAAAUGUUCAAACGUUUUCAAAGCAAUUGAUUACUGAAACAAUUACAGGAGAUGAUGGAUAUCCACAGUAUCGUCGACGAUCAACUGAAGACAACGGUAAAUCAACUGUAAUUAAAAUUAAAAAUCAAGAUGUUGAAAUCGAUAACCGGUGGAUAGUUCCGUACUCACCGAUGCUGUCAAAAAUGUUCAACGCUCACAUCAAUGUAGAAUAUUGCAAUUCUGUAAAAUCAAUCAAAUAUAUUUGCAAGUAUGUGAAUAAGGGCAGCGAUAUGGCUGUUUUUGGAGUGUCUCCUGAGAAUAAUCAUGACGAAGUUUUGCAGUACCAAAUGGGGCGCUAUAUUAGUACGAAUGAAGCUGUAUGGCGUAUUUUAUCGUUUCCAAUUCAUGACAGACAUCCCGUUGUUGUACAUUUGGCAGUUCAUCUUGAAAACGGCCAACGUGUUUACUACACUGCUGCAAAUGCCGAACAAAGAGUAGUAGAGCCACCAGUAACUACAUUGACAGCUUAUUUCCAGUUAUGUGAAACUGAUGAAUUUUUCAGGACUUUGCUAUAUUCGGAAGUGCCUCACUAUUUCACAUGGAAUGCAUGA